AUGACAAAUGUGCAAAGUAGUCAUGAUAAAGAAAAUCAAUUCUCAGUUACGAAUAUUUCUACUUCAGCACCGAUUAUUACUACUGAUACUGCCACAACUUCGACAAACGCAAAAGCUGCUACUCCAGGAAAUAAUUUCAGUUAUUUAAAUCAAGCAAUUAUUGAUAUUGAAAAUAUCUUGUAUAAAAAUUGCAUAGAACUUAAUCAGCAUGAAACUAAAUUAAUCACACUAUUAGAAAGAUCUGAAGCUAUGGAAAAAAAUGCAAAACAAUUUAAGAAAGUGAAUAAAAAUUUCAAUCUAUUGAAAUGGAAACAACAUAAAUAAAAAAAAAUAAACCAAACAAAUCGAAUUAAUAAUUAAUCUAAAUGUUUUACGUGUUUGUUUAAUUAAUUUGUUGAUUUGAUUAUGUUAUUUAUUGAUGCUAGCUAGCAUCUAUGUAUAUAUAAAUAUAUUCAAACGCCUAACACGAAAUUAUGGACAUUCAAAAUUUACGAUGCUUAAUUGAUUCUUACUACAAAUGAAAAAAAGCUAUAGUAGCCAGAAUUUAUGAAUAGGAAAAUUGUUUUAUUUCUCUGAUUUUAUAAUCAGUACAGAGGAACCAAAGUAUUUUAAAUGACAUGGAUAUACAUGAAGGUUGUUAUGACAACAUUAAUUUGUUAAAUAAGUUUUGUGAAGUGUUUAGAUGUACGAUAU